AGUGCUCCUCCUCAAGGAGUUACAGCUAUGGCGCUGCCUGGCAACAAAAUCGAUGUUGAUUGGCAGUCAGUGCCAGACAAAGACCAAAACUGUGAAAUUGCCCAGUAUCUAGUACAAUACAGAACUAAACAGACAGAGUGGAAGGAUUUGUAUACUUCCAACAACCACACAUUCUCUGUGCAAGUGGAAAAUUUAGUUCCUUGGACAUGGUAUGAAGUUCAAGUUGCUUCAUUUACCAGACAGGUGUCUCCUGGUCUUGGUCCCUUUUCUGCCAUUGUUGAGAUCAAAACUUUACAAGGAGUGCCAGGUCCUGUACAAAAUGUGUCCUUCCGUGCUGGAAUUACUGAAAUAUAUUUGGUGUGGAAGACACCAGCAAAACUGAAUGGUGUGCUGACAGGGUAUCGACUGGAUUAUCACCGUCUGUCUCUAACAGAUUUAAAUGAAUGGACAGCAGUCAUGGUGAUCACAUCUUACACAGAAUUGUCGGAUCUUCUGCCAGACACAGGGUACAACAUCUCAAUCAGAGCAAUCAGCGGUGGUGGGGCAGGCAAUGCUACUUUUCUUAAAGUCUGGACAGCUGCACAGCCAACCCCCACAUUGUCUCUCCAGCAAGAACCUCAGACACUGGAGGAAGUCAUGGAGACUUUGACAACCACAGCAGCAACCUCUGCUGGCUCAAAAAACCUUCCAGCUAUUGUUGGAGGCACACUUGUGGGUGUGGCGAUCCUGGUCACAAUUUGCGUGAUCUUUCUUUGCCGCUGGUGUAGGAGUAAGACUGAAAACAGUGCCAAAUAUUUAAUACAGGACGGAAGUACGCAGUUUUCAGGAUAUGGCUCUGGAUCUUUCUAUAGGCAUAUUGAAGACUCUAGCAACACCAGCUUCAGCACUCAGCAUGCUUCUUCAUCGUCCAGUGAUCAGCAGCAGCAGCAGCAUGACCAUAACAUUCACCGCCAUCAUAAAGGGGAACAACAGCAAAUAAGCUCCAGCCCUCACUAUCAGGCAGCCAACAACAACACAUUGAGGCAACUGCCAGAUACAUCCUGGCUGGCACAACAAGCUCAACAAACAGAAGGUGGUUCAAAGGGUCCAUCUGUAUAUCUGCCUGGAGGAGAGACAGACAUUAAACCUGUCUGCUCACCAGGACAGACAAGCUACAAAGGUGUUUUCACUAUUGAUGGGGUGGAUAAUUUAGGCUUUGUAUCUGACAGCCUGUCUCUGCCUGGUCUUCCUUCAGACAACUGUGGUUCACCUCUUGCAGCAGAAGGAGGAUUAAUAGCAACACAAACCAAAAAGCGAGGUCGCAUGAGCAGCGAGAGUGCAGCUGCAAUCGCCAUGAUGCGCAGUAGCCAAGUCACCUCUCUAAUUAUGGACGACACUGAAACCCUUCUGACACAUGACUUUUGCAACAUUCCAGCAGAGGUUGUCUUUAAACACCGAACUGUGUUAUAGCAGAUCGUUUUCACUUUGAAUGCUGUGACCACUGGAUAACCUUUUUGUUGAAUCAUUAUCAAUUCUGUGGAAGAUCGCAUAUCAUCAGAAACUUUGCAGCAGUAUCAACAGUUGUCAAAGCUUAGACUGCUUUUGUCAAUGAGAAUGAAGAGGAAAUAGAGCUGUGUGUUUGAGGUGCUGGACACAUCAAGUUUGUGCUGAGUACCAAGCUCUUUUUUGUGGACAAGAAUUGACUUAAAAUUGACUGACUUGCGCUGUGCAUUGAAAUAGUGCGUAGCAUACCAUGAUACUCUUGUAGGAAUGGUUAGUAGCAUUGUGUGUUAAUUUCGUGAAAAAAGAACUUAAAGUGAUUGUAGCGACUUCCUUGCUUGAGAUUAAUCAGCAGUUUUGAGACUUAACCCGAGGGCUCUGAAUGCUGGUCAUUGUUAGGUCAUGUAGACCUAUCUCUGAGUCUGAAAAAAACCCAUCAUUGCUACUGCUGUCAUGAACUAGCCUCGGCAUGGUUCCGUUGCAUGUGUGUUGACCAGGCUAGUUCUCUUUGGACAGAACAAAAGCAAAAGCACAACUUUGAAGUAUUUCACUUUGCCAAAAGCUUUGGCAUUCUGGCUAUUGUCAGAAUAUAUUGUAAAUUGGUGUUUGGAUAAGACAAUCUCAGCAGUCAUGAUUUGUGGGAGCUUCCAUUUGAAACUUUUAACAUUAAACAUGCAGCUGCAGUUUACCAGGCUUAUAACCUAAUGGUCAGAUGAGUUCUCUUGAGAGUUCAUAUGAACAGAAACACAAGAUUGGCGUGUGUGAAGAGAGAGGGUGACAAAAUGGCUCGUGUGAUAAACUGUUUUAGACAAGUUCUUAAUGCAUGUUGUUAGUUGUCUUCCUAUAGCAUCUUCAGAACUUGGUUUGUCGAUUCCAGGCUGCUGCUGCUGCUGCUGCUUUGGUAUUAUCAAGUACCGGACAGUACUUUCUCACUCAGUCCUUGAAGAUGCAUGCUGACAUUUUUUUCAGAUUUUUUAAUUGGGGUGGGAUAGGGGGAGGGUCAGUGAGGGGUGUGAUUUACUUGUUGCUUCCGAUGCUGUGAUUAAAAGGGUAAUUUGUUGAUUAUGAAAUCAUCAUGGUGAAGAUUCUUAAUGUGAAAAGUUAAACUAUACUUUUAACUACUAUAAUUAUACUGUGUAUUGGUGAAAGUUUGAAAGCAGCCGUGAUGUUUCUUUCAGACAAUACUGGCAUAAAUGCUAUUUGAUAUUUAAGGUUGCCACUCUUGUUUCUUGCACAAAUGAGUAAAUGCCAGAAAUAUAGUGUGUAUUAAGUGUUUGGGGUGGCUUUUUCCUUGGACUACCAUCAAUUCCAUUUCUCUGCCACAGGUGGACUAGGUACGCUGAUCCACAUCACUUGGUGUAGUCAGCUUUUAGUCACAGGCAGCAGAAAAGGUUGAGAAAAGAACAUCAUGCUAUUAUUUGUUCUAUCUGAGAUGUCUGUUUAGCUCAGAGAGAGUGUGUGUGUGUGUGCAUCUAUGCUUUAGAUGGCAUGAUUAAACUAUUUAGUAAAGUUUUUUAGGAUAUAUGUCAGAGAGAUAGUGUGUAUGUUAGGGGGUGUGGGUACACACUUCAGUCUGCAUGACUUCUUGGUACAUGUGUCAAGAGAGAGUGUGUUUGUGUGUGUGUAGAAAAGGUUAAACAUUGCAUGUUUAAAGAUAAAAGACAUCUCCAAUCACAUGUUUUGAGUAAAUUGUCACCUCAACCAUGGUACUGAUAAGAAAGCGUGUUGACUCACUAACUUUCAUCAGGAGAUUUAAGUGGAAAGUACUGGAUGGCAUGUCAUUUCAAAAAAUAUACUCCACAGGUAUUAAGUAUAUGGCAUUGUAUAUAGAUCAUCUGUGCUUGGUUGUAACAGGUUGUGUUACGACCAUAGUUAUUAUUCUUCAUUUUAUUAUAAAACCAUUAAAACCACUGCUGCAUAAUUUCUGUGGAGAACACUUUAUGUUAAUACAUCACAGCUUCAUUGUGUAAAGAUUUACUGCUUUUGUGAUCCAGAGCUCUUGUUUUUGUUAUUCAGAACUCUAAGAGGUUCAUAUCUGAACACAAUUUUCGUCACUUACCUCCAGCAUGAUGAUUUGAGGGCUAACGCUGAAAUGUUUAUGUAACUUCCAGCAUUAGGAGUUCAUACGGAAUACUCUGAAAUAUGUCCUUUGGAUCAGAUCUCACCAAUACUCAUUGCAUGGUUCCUGAUUUUUUCAGUGACUUUGCCUUAUGCUUUAUGUGUUAUUAGAUUGUGAUUAACAUGGAUUCAUCAAGUGUAUAUGCAGUGGGUUUUUUUAAUCUAAUAAGAGUGCCUUGGUUGAAUCCUUUGAUUUUGGUUUUAUGUAUGUUUUAGAUGCCACAAAGAUUUUGGAAUUCUUGAAUGCAAAAUACAUUAAGUCAUGAAAAUUUUUUCGUGUGGAUAGAAAUGCAGCUCCUUCUAUUUUAUCCUGUUUUCAUCUUUAAAGAAUUGUUAAAGCUGCAGUUAAUGUCUGUCGCAUGGCUUUCAAGAGUGAGUCUGUAAGUUUGUGUAACUGACAAGAGUUUAAUCAGCAGUAAAUGUUUUAUGUAGAAACUUCUUUGACUCUUGUAAUAUUCAUAAGAGAAAAGAAAUACAAAGGGCACUUUGAUGAAUAGUGUGUAGAGUUUUGCAGCUGGUAUUGCAAUUUGUAAAGAAUGCAUUAACUUUCAAUGUAUUGAGUGGUAAUCUUACAUUUAAUAGCUAUCGAGGUUGAUGAAACUCUAGCCACAGUUUCAGUGUAUUUUUUUUAUCCUGAAAGUACUUACCUGGUGAACAUUUGUAAGACUUCUUAGAAAAAUACAUCUGUGAUUGAAGGUGUCCCUCUUUAAUAAGACUAGUCAACAGAAAGAAGUGGCUUUCCUAAAAAAAAAGAUGGUGCAUGUCAUAAAGAGCCGAUUACCAGAGCUAGACUGCAGACAGACCUGGUCAUUUGUUCAUGUAGUGCUGCGACUGCUUUUAUGUGUGAUAAUUAUACAAGGGUUUGUAGAAGUCAUAGGUAACUUUAAUUUUUGCAGAACAUUCUAGAGGAUCUGUUUUAGAGGGUAGAACAGUAGGUCAUGAUUGUACUCAACUUCUUAUGACUAUUUGUUUUUCUAAUGAGUAGCAGAAAAUAGUAGAAGGAUCUGAUCAAAUAAAAUAGUCAACAAAAAUAGACAUCAUGCGUAGUUUAAUCAUUCAUUAAGUACUUUGGCUUUUACCAAGAGAUGUAUUUUUAUGAAUUACAAUCAGUUCCGAAUCAGAACUGUAGGAGGUAAUAACAGGCAUGGCCUGUAUCAUGUAUCAAUGCUAGAUGGUGUAGCUUUACAAAGUUUAUUGAAGAAGCAAUAUCCUGCACUUUUUAAACCUUUGUUCUUGUUUUCGUAUAUGACAGUAUUGUGUUUCGCAAAAAAGUGCACAAUUAUUGAUAUCACAAAAGAUACAUAUACUCUUAAGAGGAGGAAUUUCCUUUUUUUCCAAAGUAUUUUUGCACAAAUUUACAUUGUAACAAAUACACUCUACCUUCUGACUUCUUUAAAGAAACUUAACCUGCUUACCCUGAGUUUUCAGUUUUAUUUAAUCUGCUGUACAGACAUAGAUAUAUCUGUGUAUGGUUGUGUGUGUAUGAAUUAUUUAGUCAAGUACAAAAAUAUAAAUUUGUUGGUCCAGAGACUACAGUAUAAUGCUAAGAUUUGAAACAGGCAAAUGCCUUGCAAUUGUUUUUUUUUUUUUGUUUGUUUGUUUUCUUUUAAGGAGUAAAAGAAGACUUGAAAUUGAAUUGGAGCAGGGUGAUGUAAAGAUAUUUUAAUUUUUUAGAGUCACAAUUUUUUUUUUUUUGUGAUUGUGAUAAGAAUCAAAACUUACUCUAGUCACAAAAAAUGUUGACACUGCACCAUUGAUUUAAAAGGGGUGUGUGUGUACACGCCCGCACUGAUUAUUUUUUAAGCUUUAUUUAGCUGCAUCAAGAUGGAUCAAUUUUUUCAAAGCGACAGCUGUCCUAUUGCUUGAUCAAUUUACUCUGCAGUAAAUUUAACAGAUACCUUUUUAGAUUAAACACUAUAUAACAAAAUAUUUGAAAAGUAAUUGCUAACACAGUAGAUAGCAUUUUAUCCUGUUUCUUCAUUAUACACGAAUGAACAUAGAUGGUGAAGCUUGUAUUAUGGUGGUUUAUUCCACUUCAUAACUCAUUUGAGCAAAUCUGUAGCCACUAGUAAAAGGUCACAGUUUUUGCAUGAAUACUGACAUUAGUGUUGCACACAUAUUUGUAAGUGUUGCUUCAAAUGAUCAUAUUUGCUGUGUACAAAAACCCAUUUUUGUCUAAAAUACUUAAGCAAGUGGCAGAUAACUCUGAUAUGUGAUGAUAACAAGCUGUAUUAUUAACUAAGUUGUUUUUACAAUUACUGAUCAGCCUUUUACACUUAACCUUGUGAUUAUUUUAUAGAGAUUGCAGAAACAGCUGUUUAAAAAGGUUGUUUUUUUCUAUUACAAAAAUGUAUUACCUAAUCUCUCCCUGUUAGUCUUUACUUUUAUCUGGAAGCUUUUUAAAACAAAAAGGAAACUGACCAGUUCUUUCUCAGUUUUAGACUUUAUACCAUGUAAUCAACACACAGGAUAUGUGUUUUACAUGUGAUGCUCAAGUUUUCUGCCUGAAAACCUUUUGCUUUCCCAUUUUUCAUGGUUCUGGGGUUCUCUGUUUCUGUAAGCUUCAGGUGUCGAUAUAACAUCACAAAUCUCCAUAUUUGUAUGACCUCACCACUAACAGUGGCUGAUACACACAUGAACGAGUCCAAUUGACUAGCAAUGAUAAAAGUGGACAUUUUUUGUGGUCAAGGACUUUUCAGUACUUAAAUUGUUAAAAUAUCUAUGCAACUUAUGGAAAUAGAUUGAAUCCAAAGAAUGUUUUGAGAACUGCUUGGUGUAGAUCAUUGUUCAGAGCUUUUGGUAAGCUUCCAGAUGCAGAGUUUGCUGAGGUACUAGUGAUAUUGGAGCUUGGAUUGGAGAGCUUACAGUUGUGUUACAGCCAGUCAGUGAAGGCUGGUAUUUGCUGUUAUUGUUGCAUAAUUGCACUUGUAUGAGAAAAAUGCACAUUGAGAUUUCAUUCAUUAAAAUUCAGCCUCCAUGUCUGGAACUCUUC